CGGUAAUCCAACAUUGUCUUUCUUAUUGACAUAGAUACUUUCUGAUGCGCUUUGGCCAACUUUCGAACGCCGUUUGCCCUCUGUUUUGGCGUGGACCAGGAGCCGAGUUGGACGGAGGAGGUGUAAACAAACUCCCUGCCUCGAGGUAUUCCCCGUGGUUCAAAGCAGGAACAGCAUUGAGUGCUGAUAUUGAAGGCGAAUUGUGAAACGGUUGAACCAAUAUUCUGUGAGACGGCCGCUGCAUCAAAGAUUGUGUUUUUGGAAGACUCGAAGCCUGCCAGUGUUUCUGGAUGCCCGUGUAUAUGAAGGAGCCGUGCAGUGCAGGCCGUGUGGCCGUCAGCUCUGCCGGCUGUGUAUAUAGGCGGGCGGCUGCUGCCACCCGCUGCCAGACGUCAGCGGCCGCGGAGGCGUCAGUGGUCAGCGGAUCGUCACCGCCGUGGGACAACCCGACCAGCGAUGAAGUACUUUGCUGCGGCUGUGCUGGCCUGUCUGGCAUGGUUUUGUGUUGUGUCUUUGGCAUACAGCCCGAGCUACCCUGUUCAGUCCGGUGGGGCUAGCGUCCCGGCCCAGUCAGGGUAUGGCGCUCACAGGGGACACUCAGGCCGCGGUCACUCAAAGAUCCACCGUCCGUCGAAAGUCGUGCACAGCGGCUCUGUGGACCAGCCAUCUGUCCAGUACGGACAGCAGACUGGCCAGCGUGCGCACGGCAUUGGUGGCCCUCGUUUGAGCGCGCCACUGGAGCAUGGAAGUGCUCACGCAACCCUAGGUGCCGCCCAUUUUGACGCCCAACAAGCGCAUGAGAGGGCACACGCGUCCCUAGGUGCCGCCCAUUUCGGUGCACAGCAGGCACACGAGAAUGCGCAUGCCUCGCUAGGCGCUGCUCAUUUCAGUGCAAAAGAAGCACAUGAAGACGCGCAAGCUUCUCUGGGAGCCGCCCAUUUUAGCGCGCAGCAGGCACACCAAGAGGCGGGUUCUACCCUUGGCGCCGCCCAUCAUAGUGCGCAGCAGGCGCACGAAGAGGCUGGGUCUACCCUAGGUGACGCCCAUUACAGAGCACAGCAGGCGCACGAAGAAGCUGGGUCUACCCUACACGCAGCUCAUUUUGGUGCGCAACAGGCGCAUGAAAGUGCUCAUACUGACGUAGGCUCAGCCUACGUCACUGCACAGCAAGCCCACGAAAGUGCGUAUGCCAGCGUCGGUGAGGCUUAUGCGAGCGCGCAGGAUGCCUACUCUGAAGCACAGUCUGGUCUCGCCGACGCCCGUGAGAGCGCGCGCGAGGCGUAUGCUCGAGCACAGGCUGCUAUCAAGGAACUUGCGCUCUUUGCCUCUCAAUCUCGACUCACGCUAUCAACCUCUUAUAUUCUCAACAAUGCACGUUUCAUCGUCAGCCAACACUUUGGUUCGUCGAAAGUGAAGGCGCCGCGCAUCAUUGUCAGAGACGCAGCAAGCAGCGGCCUGGUCUGCGUGCCCGCGACCUCCUUCAACGCGUCCUGGAUAGUGCCGGGCGGAGCGUCUUCGGCGGGGGUCGGCGUAGGAGGAGGACUGGGAGUGAGUGGAACCGGAUCAACCGCCACUGGAGUCUCCCAGACGCACGCUGCCGAGUUCGAACAUGUGGGUGGCGACGAAGUGCAUAAGGCCAUCAGACCGUUCAGCACCGUUGGUCAGGGACAUGGAAUCCUGGUCUCAGUCACUGGCGUGUCAUCUGGCUAUGGUUCCUCGGGAACCCGUGUGUCCGGGGUGUCCGGCCACGCUUCCGCUUCGCUGGGCCCGUCUGGUGUGGCGCUGUCGGCAGGACACCAGGUGCACGGGGCUGGCGGUCACGAGCACGCCGUCACCGUGCACGAUGAGACCGUCCAACAGGAAGUAUACUCGGAGCAGACCGAUGUUGGCCACUUUAGCUCGGACGUCGAAACAUUCCCCUCCUCAUCGGGACUACACACGGGAGGUGAGGGUGGUCGGGGUAGCGGCAUCGGCAGUGGCACGCAUCCUCAAGCUAGCCGCGCCCAUACGUCAGGCGAAGACGCCUCUUCCGCAGCUGAGAGCGUUUCCACAUCAACCGGUCCCGUUGGAGGUCCGUCCUUCACCGCAGGACACGCCUCGGCUUCUCCUGAGGUGCUUUCGUCUUCAGCCGGAGGAGCGAUUUCGGGUGGAGGUAGGGUAGCCAGCGCCUCUCGCAGCGUCUACUCGACCGAGUCGGGUCACGGCGCCUCGGCCGGCUCGGCACAUGGCGGCUCCAGCGGCGGCGGGCCCAGCGUGGCGGCGUCGUCUGUCGAUGGCGACGGGCGUGCCUCGCUGUACGUCUCCGGGCAGCACGCCGAGGCGGCCACGGCCGGCGCCGAUGGCUCGGCAGUGCACCUAAGCAGCACUGGCGGUCUCUCACACUACGGCUUGGCCGAGUGCGAGUGUGUGCCCGACUACCUGUGCGACGAGGACGGGCUCAUCAACACCUCCGGCGUGGGCAUCAUCAGCGUGCGCAGCUUCUCGGCCGGCGGCACGGCGGCGACGGUGGACUCGCGCUGCCAGCCGGGCCACGUGUGCUGCCGACACCGGGACCGGCGCCAGCCCGUCUCCUGGAGACCGCUCGGCUGCGGCACCCGCUCCCCGAUCCGGCUCGACCGGCGGGUUGUCUCCGGAGAGGCCGCUCGUCUCGGCGAGUUCCCCUGGAUGGUGGCACUGAGGCUGGUCUCAUCUUCCGGCAAGACGCACAAGAACAAGUAUCUCUGCGGGGGUUCGCUGAUCGCACCGAACGUUGUGCUAACGGCCGCCCACUGCGUCUACAAGUACCGCGCCGAGCGUUUAGUGGCUCGAGUUGGCGAAUGGGACACCAACAACGCCGACACCGUCUACCCGCACGAGGACCGCGCCGUCGCCGAGGUGGUGGUGCACCAGCAGUUCGCCUCGGACUCGCUCCACUACGAUGUGGCACUUCUGCGGCUCGAGUCACCUGUCGAGACCGACGCCCACAUCAACACCAUCUGCCUGCCCGACGAUGGCGACCACAACAUCGACUUUGCCGACUGUUACGCCACCGGCUGGGGCCAGGAAUCGUUUGACAAUGCCUUCUACCCGAACCUGUUGAAGAAGGUGCCGCUGCGCACGGUGGAGAGCGGUAGCUGUCAGACCCAGUUGCGGCAGACUCGGCUGAGCAAGUGGUUUGAGCUGCAUGACACGUUCGUGUGUGCCGGCGGCGAACCGAACGUGGACACGUGCCUGGGCGACGGCGGCUCGCCGCUCGUCUGCCGCGACACGUCGGCACAGUACGACGACGAGGAGACCUUUGUCCAGGUCGGCAUCGUGGCCUGGGGGAUCAACUGCCACCAGGCCGGUGUUCCCGGAGUGUACGCUGACGUGGUGGCCCUGAUGCCAUGGAUCCGCAGCGCUCUCGACUCGCUGACCAGCCGACCGUCGUACUAGCGCUGCGACUGAGAAAUACAGAGUGCUGCGGCAGACCGCGACCCUGCCGACCCUCAAAGGUAGUCACUGCGCACGACGCCUCGACGCCCGGCCUUACUCGGCCAGUGAUUCAGCUAUGAUGAGCGGCUUUCGAGUUUCUGGAGCUCUGGAUGUGUUAUUUUUGGGAAAUACAAGCAUAGCUCGAAA